CACCACAUUUGACCCGCCACUCAACAGUGAGAGAUUCAAUCCAUUAUAUAAACCAUUUUAUAUUUCUCUCCAAUUUCACACUAUCAUAAUUGUAAUCCUAUCUAUUUAACAACGAAGACCAUCCCAUAAACUUCGGAUCCAAUUAUAAAAUGAAGUGAUUCGUCUCCCAAAAAUCUUGAACCGGUUUAUGUUCUCGUAGCUGAUUUCUGAUGGUUGGUGUAUCAAUGAGAAUCUUAUCUGGCUUCAUCACUAUUCUUGUCUGGUUGCUUCUAACUGAAACAUUUGGCUCGUUUGCUCAAAAUGAUGUCGAUUGCCUCAGAGCAAUAAGAAGUUCCCUGGAAGAUCCAUUGGGCUACUUAGGGUCAUGGGAUUUCAGCAACAACAGUCGAACAUCUAUCUGUAAGUUGGUUGGGAUCGAAUGCUGGCACCAGGAUGACAACAAGAUAUUGAAUAUCAGAUUGUCGGACAUGGGACUUAAGGGCAGUUUUCCUCGAGGAAUUGUUGGUUGCAAGUCCCUCACAGGCUUAGAUCUUUCAAGAAACGGUAUCAAAGGAAACAUUCCAAAUGAUAUCUCAAAGCUAAUUGGUUUUAUCACUAGUCUUGAUCUUUCUUCCAACCAGUUAUCCGGAGAGAUUCCUGUGGAUCUUGCGAAUUGCUCAUUCCUGAAUGUCCUGAGACUUGACAGCAACCAUUUGACUGGCCAAAUCCCCCUUCAGCUCAACCAGCUCACACGGAUUAAGACAUUUAGUGUGGCAAAUAAUCAAUUGAGUGGACAAGUUCCCACAUUCGCAAAUGCUCAUAUCCCAGCACAAAGUUACGCAAACAAUUCUGGACUCUGUGGAGGUCCUUUGUCUCCUUGUAGGAAGCUCGAAGGUUAACCAUACUUGAUGUGUACAUGGUCCUUAAGUUGUUCGGAUGUUUAUUUGUUUUCCUAGUUAAUUAUAAUAAGUAGAUGGAAAGUUAUUGACUAAUAUUAUUUGGCUUCGAUAUUCUCUCA